GUAAUAUGAUAUUAAUUGUAAGAUACUAAUCUUAGCAAAAUUAUAUAUGAAAGGAAAGUAGUUUUAGAGUGAAUAAUAUUUUAUUUAACCUAAUAGCUAAAUUUAGUCAUAUAUAAUAAUAAAUUUAGGAUUUGGGUAUAUAAGGAAAGUAGUCGUAUAUAAUAACCAUCGGACCCUAUCGGUCCGAGCAUCGGACCCAUCGGGCCCGAUUCUAUUUGAGACUAAAAGAGACCAUCGGACCCCUUAUCGGUCCAAGCAUCGGACCCAUCGGGCCCGAUUCUAUUUAAGACUAAAUGAGACCAUCGGACCCCCUAUCGGUCCGAGCAUCGGACCCCCUAUCGGUCCGAGCAUCGGACCCCCUAUCGGUCCGAGCAUCGGACCCAUCGGGCCCGAUUCUAUAUGAGACUAAAUGAGACCAUCGGACCCCCUAUCGAUCCGAGCAUCGGACCCAUCGGGCCUGAUUUCUAGUUGAAACAAACCGAGACCAUCGGAACCCCUAUCGGUCUGAGCAUCGGACCCGAUGGGUCCGAUUUCCAUUUUGAACAAACCAAGACCAUCGGACCCCCUAUAGGUCCGAGCAUCGGACCCCAUCGGGUCUUCCUCUUCCCCAAGCAAAAUAAUACCCAUUUCUUAGAUCCGACAAAAAUUUCCCUAAAUCUAACAAAAUCUUAAGUUUCACAAACACAAUCACAAACAAACUCAAUCUUUAAUACUUUCUCACAAAAAAAAAAUUAAAAAUUAAAACCUACCUUGGACAUUGUGGGUUCGGUUCGUGGAUGGUGUUUUGGGUCUCCGUCGGCGUCUCGAUCGGAGUGGGCUGCUGUGGGUCUCCGUCGGACUGGUCUCGGUCGGAGGUGGGAGGUGGGGUGCGCCGUUCGGUUCGUGCGAAGCGGGAGCGCAAGGAUGGAGAGAUUUGGUUGAGAUGAGAGAGAAAGGGUUAGAAAUUAUGAGGAGAGUAUUUUAGGGGUUUUUGUAAAAGUGUCCUAUUUUUAAAAUUACUCUAAUUAUUGGUUCUCCUAACCAAUUAUCCCUUAUAAAAUGCAUAGAAAUUCAAAUUUCUCUAUGUAAUUUACUUUGUGAAUGUGACGAAAAGUUAGUACCUUAGAAGCAGAAGGUACAGUUUUUAUAGCAAUAUCUCUGGUGUUGUUAGAGGAAGUAUGUAUUAAAAGUUCAAAUGGAAGAUCACCCAAAUGCAUAAUCCUUCCCAUCUUAUUUACUUGUGUCAGUUUAAUCUCUGCAUAUAAUAAAUAUUUUUUCUUUGUUAAGUCAAAAUAAUGGUUGAGAGAGGUUAUCAAAUCAGUAAAUUACAAAGGUAGUUAACUUCUAUCAAAGAAACCAAUUAUCUGAUAUAGGUAAGCUAAUCAGAUUAUAAUACAUCAAUUAUAAUACAUCAAGAGAGAAGUUAUUACAAUUUUACAAACUCCUAGUUUCUUAUCAGUUUCACCACCAAUUUGAGUUGAAAGUAGAGAAUUGAGGUUAAUCUUUCUAGUUAACAACAGCAAACUUUGCUAGACCUUAAGUUUUAUGUCUUUAAAUACAAUUCAUGUAGAACCUUUCAAGCUAUAAAAAACAAGAGAAACUACAAAUUAUCCUGCAUUUGAUUCAGUGUCUUCUACAAUUGUAAAGGCAAAGUAACUUUACUACAUGGCAAUUGUAAUUCUUCUUACUUACAAAGAACAUUUUUGUACUUGAAUUAUUCUAAUUGAAUCCCUAUUCUACUUACAUCUUAAAAGAAAAUAAAUCUUGUUCUACAUGAUAAUACAAAAGAAAACAAAUUAUAUUAAUUGCUUAAGCACCAAUACAGAGAAUUAUUGGAAAAUGCACUUAUUUCCUCAUCAGUUGUAAUGAAAUUCCACAUCCAUUCCAGCCCUCUGUUCAGAAAAUAUAGAAUAUAUCCCUAAGACUUGAGUUUUGGAGUGCACCCACCAAAAUCAGAAAGAAAAAAACCAAACUUAAUAUAUAUUUAUAUAUAAUUUGUAUUUCCCAAAUCAAAGAUAAUUUUGGUUUGCAAAAUUUGUAGGACUACAAAACACAUACUUGAGCUAGAUUACAACUAAUACAUAUAUGAAGAUUUAUUUAGACAUAUAAAAGACUAAAACCUACCUGUUGACGCGGUUUUUCGUCAACGGAUCUAAGAAGAUCGUAAAACCAGCAAGAUGAACACAAGCAAUAGUUAAUCAAAGUAAACCGGUUUGCAAAAAGAAAUUCACCAAAAACAAAUACAAGAAUUUUAUAGUAGUUCACCCCCUUUCAACGGUAAUAGGCUAGUCCACUUGGAGUGUUAUUGAUCUCAAUGCUUGAGAAGAGUUCUCCAGAGUUAUGUUCUCCAAGAGUUCACUCCUCAAGUGAGUUUUUAGAAUUUGAGAGAAGGAGCUCAAGAGUAUGAUCUCGUCAGUAUCAAUUUCAGGGUCCCUUUAGAAGUAAUUUCACCUCCCUUAUAUAGAUAUUCAUCUAGGAUUUAAAAUCCCUUAAACAUAGGUAUGCCCUCCCGUAACUAUAGUUGGGUUAGGUUCAAGAUACAAAAUAAUAAUAAAAUAAUUAUUUAAAAAAUAAAUAUCUCUUCACUUAUCAUUUUUUGACUAUAUUUUCGGAGCAGCUCUAACAGCAUGCGUCCCUCGUAUUUAGCGUUCCCGGAUGGUCAUGGGUACCUGAGGGGAGCUAAUUGGGUCGGUUCGUGCCCAUCAGGUCCUUGAGAUAAUUUGACAGCUGAGGAGCUCUUUGCACCUUAGCACCUGACGGUUGCAUCUUAGCACCUGACGGAGUCGGGAGCUUAGUGCGCCCAAAAUGCUCCUCUUUGGCUAUUGAGCUCCUCUUUGGCCAAUAAGCUCCUCCAUGGCCCAUGAGCUCCUCUUUGGCAAAUGAGCUCCUCCUUGGCCCACGAGCUCCUCUUUGGCAAUAAGCUCCUCUUUGGCCAAUAAGCUCCACCUUGUUGGACCUCCAUAUCUAGAGUAAAAAUUCAUGCACAAUUAUUUUGGAUUUUUUGAGAGAUAACAUUUGCCCCCCAAGUUUAUCAUAACUUUAUAAUGUUAUGGACUUGUAGAAAAAAUAAUCCCCGCGUUCUUGGACUUCACACACGCAUAUACCGGUACUACUGAGUGUAGACAUGUAGAAGACCACCAAUAGUUUUAAGCAUCUUUGGACACAAACAAAAGAAGUGAAAUUAUAAGAAUAAUAAUAAUAAAAAAAUUAAUUAAUCCUUAUAGCCUUUAAAUAGGUCCUCUUCUUUCUUUACAACCCAUCCAUUCUACUCUUCACUCUAUAUCAAAAAUAAUAGCUUUUCUAAAAAUCCUCUCAAAUAGCUCCAAGAACCAUUUCAAAGGAAUGCUCGAAGUGGAAACUAGAAAUUAUUGGAAGGAAUUCAAGCUUGGGCAUCACUAUUGAAUUCAGAUAUGUUCCACCAACUGAUUGCGAGUUAUGGUGAGACUGAGGAUGUGAAUGGGUCUGGAGGAGAGGAAAGUGCUCAAAACUUUCCUCUAGUCCCUCGAGCCUGCUCCCAACCGAGGAAGCCUUGUCCUGCAGCGGUAGAAGGCGAGGAGAAUGCUCAAGCCUCUCCUUUUGUCCCAAAUAUCGGUGGCCGCAUGAGGAGGCCUUCCAUCGUGGUUCCCAGAAUUCGUCCCGAUGAUGCCACAAUUCAAAUGCUAGAAUCUGUGCACGACAAUAUUGACCUCCUUGUUCGACAAACUGCAACUGUUGAGGUGGUGCGUGACAUGUCCAACUACGAAGGUGAUACUGUCACUAGAGGAGUCCAAGACAUCCUUCGAGGUGUAACUCAAUUCAUGGUCUCCAAUCUUAAUUCUUCAAAUUUACAAGAGAAACUAGCUGCCGCAGAAGCAGCCCUUAAGGAGCAGAAGAAGCUCUCUGCUCUUUCGGACGCAAAGUAUGAGCGUGACAAGGAUGAACUUAAGGACAUUCUUGGUAGGAGACUGACGGAACUCAAUGAUGCGCAAACCCGGCUGGAGGAGAGAAAGGGUCAAGUGAAUUAUUACAUUGAUCAGAACUUUGCUCUUGCGAAGAAGAAUACGGCGCUAGAGAAGGCGCUAGAUAAGGUCACUAAAGAACAUGACUCAACGGUUAAGGCUUUUAAGGACACUAUUCAGAAGCAUGAGGAGAGGGCCGCGAGAGACCGUCAGAACUACAAGCGUGCCUUCGACGACCAAUUUUAUCAGUUGUGGAAAAAUAACCAAAAUCUUAACCUUUCGCACAUGCCUCCCCAGACUAAAGAUAAGGAGCUUAUGAAGUGCAAGGCAAGACUCCUUCGAGAUGCCACGCUUCCUUCCACGACUAAUAUUCCCGGUGAUGCUACUUUUAUGGACCCGCCUGAAGAUACUCUUCCUUGAGAGUUUUAGCCUUUGUGUUAUUUAUCCUGAGCACAUAUGCUCCUUAGUUUUAUUAUCUUUAGACAACUUUCAUGGGUAAUUUGUGUUUUUCUUUUCUUGGUUACUUUUCAUCCAAGUACUUGACACACUCUAUUUUUUUUUUGAGUUAUCCUUAGUUAAAUAGCUAAUUAAAUGAGUUUGCUCUUUAUGCUCUCUUGAUGAACAUGUUUGACUUACUAGUUUUUGUUUGGAGUUAAUACUCUUUUCUAGAUUAAGUGCUUAUCAUGUAUAUGAUUAAAUCCACUUUCUAUCCAUUAUAAUUUUUAGUCUAAGUGUUUGUGAUUUUAAGAAA